CUAUAUCAUUCUUGGUGGCUCGGGUUUACUGUUUCCUUUUCCAGUUUCUUCUUCCUAUAUAUACAUAAUGACCAGCUAAAAUGAUUUCAUAGAUUCAGUUUCCGAUUCCAAGUAAAACAGAGAACAGAGAUAAAGAAUAUUUUUAAUAUGGGUGUUGAUUUAGAGUCGAUAUCGGAGGCAACUUCAGGUGCCAUAGGAUCACUAUUAAGCACAACGAUUUUCUACCCUCUUGAUACCUGCAAAACCAAGUAUCAAGCCGAGGUUCAAGCCCAUGGUCAACGAAAAUACAGGAAUCUCUCUGAUGUAUUAUGGGAAGCGGUAUCUACCGGCCAAGUUCUUUCCUUAUACCAGGGCCUAGGCACAAAAAACCUGCAGUCAUUCAUUGCACAAUUUGUCUACUUCUAUGGAUAUAGCUACUUCAAAAGACUGUACCUACAAAACAGUGGUUCCAAGUCUAUUGGAACGAAAGUAAACUUGAUUCUUGCCGCUGGAGCAGGGGCUUGCACUGCUAUUGUCACUCAGCCCCUGGAUACAGCCUCCUCAAGGAUGCAGACAAGUGCCUUUGGAAAAUCGAAAGGACUCUGGAAAACCCUCACAGAAGGCACUUUGAGUGAUGCAUUUGAUGGCCUUGGCAUCUCGCUUUUGCUGACCUCCAACCCUGCAAUUCAGUAUACAGUUUUUGAUCAACUGAAACAACGACUACUCAAGCAAAAAUUGAAGAAAGCGGACCAUGAUUCAUCCCCAGUAGUUCUAUCUGCCUUCACGGCUUUCUUGUUAGGUGCAAUAUCAAAGAGUAUCGCAACCUUUUUAACUUAUCCAGCAAUCAGGUGUAAGGUAAUGAUUCAAGCUGCAGAUCCAGAAGAUGAUGACGACGACGAUAAAACUAAGAGAGCUCAAUCGAAAUCCCGCAAAACAGUGCCAGGAGUUGUCAGUGCUAUCUGGAGAAGAGAAGGGAUUCUCGGGUUUUUCAAGGGAUUAGAUGCACAGAUCACGAAGACCGUGUUAAGCUCAGCUUUGCUUCUGAUGAUCAAAGAGAAAAUCACAGCCACCACUUGGGUUCUUAUACUUGCUAUCCGGAGGUCUCUAUUGCUCAGAAAUGGGAGAUUAAAAAACGUGUGAAAAGAAUAAUAUCAGCUGUUAUUUGGAGAUAAAUGAAUAAUGCAUCAUUUGAACACAAAUCAUUUGUAUUUCAUAGAGUGAGGUUCUGAAUUCUUUGAAGCUUUAUCUUCCAAAUAAUAAGUUGGUAUCUGAUGCAGGAAUGCAAUGCAAAGAUACCCACUGUAGUUAUAUAUUUGUAUAAUAUACUCUGCCUUUUCUGUUACAAUGAUAUUUUAGCCUUAUUUUUCGAUAAA